AUGAAUAUGAAUUUGUCAAUAUCACAACAAUUUUGGAAUAAAUUGUUCAUUCUGUUGAACAGUUGUUUCGUCAUAUUUGGCAUUGUUCUUCUUGUGUUAGGCAUCAAAGCACUUGAAACAGUGAACGAAUUCGCCAAAAUUUUGAGUGGGAUAACACCAGUUAUCAUUCCAACAGCAAUCUUCAUAGGAUGCCUCAUUCUAGUAGGUACAAUUAUUGGAUACAUUGGAUUUUGGAAACCGAAACAGUUCAUUAUCAUACUGCACAUUGCAUGUUUAUGUCUUGCAGUGAUAGUAGAGAUUUCCAUAGCCACAAUGACGGUUACAUCUGGAGAAAAAUUUCAAACAGCCGCUAAUCAUUCAGUGGUAAACGCUGUGAAACAAUUUUACACAAACCCUUAUCUUCAAAUGGAAAUGAAUAAACUGCAGAGAAAGUUCAAAUGUUGUGGUUCUACGUCAAAUCGGGAUUAUAUAAAAUCAAAUAUAACGAUACCAUUCUCCUGUUUUGUUGGUACUUUAGUUUAUGUACGAGGUUGUGUGAAAGCAUUCAAUGAUUAUCUACAACAAUAUAUAGUUGCCUUGAUUGCUUUAUUCUUUGUGUUUGGAAUUAUUAAAAGUGUUUACUUGAUUAUCUCCAUUUAUUUAUUUAAAAAGUCAGUUACCAUGGCAAAGAUAUUUGGCAUUGUUCUUCUUGUGUUAGGCAUCAAAGCACUUGAAACAGUGAACGAAUUCGCCAAAAUUUUGAGUGGGAUAACACCAGUUAUCAUUCCAACAGCAAUCUUCAUAGGAUGCCUCAUUCUAGUAGGUACAAUUAUUGGAUACAUUGGAUUUUGGAAACCGAAACAGUUCAUUAUCAUACUGCACAUUGCAUGUUUAUGUCUUGCAGUGAUAGUAGAGAUUUCCAUAGCCACAAUGACGGUUACAUCUGGAGAAAAAUUUCAAACAGCCGCUAAUCAUUCAGUGGUAAACGCUGUGAAACAAUUUUACACAAACCCUUAUGUUCAAGUAGAAAUGGAUAAUCUACAAAAGAAUAUCAAAUGUUGUGGAGGUACUUCAUAUAUGGAUUAUGUAAAAUCAAAUAGAACGAUACCAUUCUCCUGUAUUAUUGGUACUUUAAUUUAUGCACGAGGUUGUGUGGAAGCAUUCAAUGAUUAUCUACAACAAUAUAUAGUUGCCUUGAUUGCUUUAUUCUUUGUGUUUGGAAUUAUCAAAAGUGUUUACUUGAUUAUCUCCAUUUAUUUAUUUAAAAAGUCAGUUACCAUGGGAAAGCAUAUACUUCAUGUUAAUGAUGAUGAUGAUGAUGAUGAUGAUGAUGAUGAUGAUGAUGAUGAUGAUGAUGAUGAUGAUGAUGAUGAUGAUGAUGAUGAUGAUGAUGAUGAUGAUGAUGAUGAUGAUGAUGAUGAUGAUGAUGAUGAUGAUGAUGAUGAUGAUGAUGAUGAUGAUGAUGAUGAUGAUGAUGAUGAUGAUGAUGAUGAUGAUGAUGAUGAUGAUGAUGAUGAUGAUGAUGAUGAUGAUGAUGAUGAUGAUGAUGAUGAUGAUGAUGAUGAUGAUGAUGAUGAUGAUGAUGAUGAUGAUGAUGAUGAUGAUGAUGAUGAUGAUGAUGAUGAUGAUGAUGAUGAUGAUGAUGAUGAUGAUGAUGAUGAUGAUGAUGAUGAUGAUGAUGAUGAUGAUGAUGAUGAUGAUGAUGAUGAUGAUGAUGAUGAUGAUGAUGAUGAUGAUGAUGAUGAUGAUGAUGAUGAUGAUGAUGAUGAUGAUGAUGAUGAUGAUGAUGAUGAUGAUGAUGAUGAUGAUGAUGAUGAUGAUGAUGAUGAUGAUGAUGAUGAUGAUGAUGAUGAUGAUGAUGAUGAUGAUGAUGAUGAUGAUGAUGAUGAUGAUGAUGAUGAUGAUGAUGAUGAUGAUGAUGAUGAUGAUGAUGAUGAUGAUGAUGAUGAUGAUGAUGAUGAUGAUGAUGAUCAAGAACCCUACUUCUUUCAUGCUUUAAUAAGUUAUUAUAUUUUUCCUUGA